AUGCCUGCCAAGACUGUAUCUCAUCUCAAUUUCGAGACAUCGAUAUCUACAGAAACAGUUCCUGCUUCACCCUACAUACCCGGCUCAGGCAAUGUCUUCGCCAAGUUUGUUGAUGCGAUCUCACAAACCGGCUGGGAACUCUGGUACUUUGACGGUGUUUCCAAAGAUGACCAGUCAGCUAUCUCUAUUGGUAUCAACAGAAGUGCUAGGGGUCUGGAACACGGCGGCUUCACGGUUCAGAUCUUUGCCAUCUGGCCUGAUGGACAUACCUGGCACCGAGAUCUCUACUUCCCAGAGUCAACCGUCACUUCUGAAGAUGGGCACAUCACUGGUCUUUGGGAGGAUGCCGGUAGCGGAGGCAAAGUCUCAUUCUCUGUGACUAGGGACUGCUCUUUGACUAUGCUGACCUUUGCUGUGCCUGGUGUUGUUGAUGGUACCAUGCAUCUGGAAACUCUGCCUGGGGACUCAGGUCUCGAGACCAAUCCUGAGCUAGGUCCUCGCGCACACAUUGUCCGUCCAAAGGGAAGAGCCUCUGUCAAAGCAGAGCUAUCUCUGUCCUCUGGAGACAACUCUGCAUCCGAGCGAUUCGUCCUCGGUCCAUCUGCAAACGGCGGUAUGGAUCGCAUCUGGACACUGGACACCUGGCCCAAAGUCAUGACAGAGUCAUACUAUCUCCGCGCCCAGGUCGGGCCCUACGCGAUGCAGAUAACGCGUCUUUUCUCCGAAGCCGAAAGCGGCUGUAAGCCAUACACAAUGGCAAGACUCUACCGCGACGGCAAGCUCAUCUGCGCCGCAAACCAAGUCCUCACCUACGAAGAGCAAGAUUUCUCUAAGGACUCUCUGAUUCUCAGUAAACGCUACGACGCAUCCUCUGAGGAUGUAGUCACGGGCGCGUAUCGCGACAAGAACAUCGGGUAUGUAGUUGAGUUUGUUGCAAAGGGAACGGAUGGGCAGCGGUGGAUGUUUCAGGUUGAUCAUGAGCGUAUCUUCUGGAGUUAUCCUACGAGUGCGCCUGGGCCUGAGGGGACGGGUAACACCGGGUUUAUUGAGUCAGUUAUUGGGGGUGCGGAUGAGGAGGCGUACUUUGGGGUUGGGAUAGGAGGUCAGUGUCAGUUGAGCUAG